CAUCCCACUUGUUUCCAACUCUACCAUGACGAGCUCCACUUGUAAGUCAUUACAGAAUGCUACAAGAUUCUUGAGUGAGAAAUCUGAGCUACGAACAGUACUGGAGAGCUUUCUAAACAAGACAAUGAAAAUCAAGAUGUCAGAUGGACGAUCGCUGAUAGGAUCAUUCUUGUGCACAGACAAGGAUGCUAACCUCAUACUUGGCAACUGUCAGGAGUACAUUCACCCUCCAGAAAUGGAACCAAAGGAAGAGCCACGUACCCUGGGCUUAGCAAUGAUACCUGGUCACCAUAUAGUAUCAGUGCAUUUGGAUAAGGUUACAGAAGAUGAACCAAGGAUACUAUAGCCAUCUAAUGUAAAUUUACUCAGUUUGUCUGUAAAUAGAUUAUGUACAAAUUGCAAAAUGCAAAAUUGAAGGCUAUUUGAGUUUAAUUGUUGACCAUCAGUGUUAAAAAACUUGUAAACCUCAA